GCCACUUCACUUUCGGUUUCCUGUUUUGCUAUUUGCCAAAAUAUUAGGAGGGAAAUGGGAGGGAAAUAUCAAACUUUCCAAGUUUCUUCUAAAAUGUAAUUAAAAGAAAAGUGACUAUCGCUAUAUUACUUGUAUUAAUAGUAUGUGACUGUUGAAAGAAGCCCCGCAGACAUAUCUUCUAUUUUGUUACAUAUCCACAAGUGAUACUUUUGAAGAUGGAAGAACUACGUUCUCGUCAUAAAUCUAUUCAGAGUGCAGCUCAUCACAUUGCUUUAGAGUGUAUUCACCCGCAGUUUGGUUUGUUCACCUACAUGUCUGUACUCGGAUGUUGGUUGCUGCACAGUCUGCCCACAGCUCACCAUACCACGUCCACCCUUACCCGUCUCCCGUCCGUCUCCAGCAUGCAUUUGAGACACACCCGCAGGGCAAUGCCAGCCCCAGAAUGUUCCACCCAAAGGGACUUAAGCCACACCUUGAGGGUCGCGGCUACAGCACUCCAGCUGACAGUCCAAUCCUGGGCCGAGCACUGUGCCUCACCCCGCGAGGCAGCCCCCUCCCUGGCCGAGUCUCCCACCUGAGUGACAGGUUCCACGACUCGCUGAGCCUCACUGCCGACACGGAGUCGCUGGUGGCCAAGAUCAGCGCCAUGUUCCCCACCGUCAGCGAGACCCACAUCAAGAUCCUGCUCAAGAAAUACUACAACCGCGAGGCGGUGGUGAUAUCGGCGCUGCAAGUAGAGAAGCACCCCAUCACGACGCCGGGCCCCGUCAGCAUGUCCCCGUGUGCGGCGCGGCUAAUGGGCAAGGCCUCGGUCCACGGCUCCGGACACCUCACCGAUAUCACCGCUUCGCCACAUGGGUCGCCGUCGCUGUUCCGCCCGGCGUCGGGGGCCAGCAGCUACUACUACGGGACCCCGCGCUCUGUCGACGGCCAGCCGGCACGACACCAGUCGCCCAAGAUGAAACUCAAGUACCUGAAAAGCAUAUUCCCGAAGGCUGAAGAGACCCUGAUCCUGGACGUGCUAGCCAACAAGGACAACAACGUGCAGAAAGCCAGUGAAGAGCUGAUCUCCAUGGGGUUCCCCAAGAAGGACACCGUGGUGGCCCAUCCGCCGAGGAAGAAGGAGGAAGCGCCGCCGCCGAAGAAAGUUGUCACCAUCAUGAAGACUUUGGAGGAGAAGAAUCAGUUGAAGCAGAAACUGCAAUCCAAGUACAAGAGCGUAGCGGAACGGGUGGUGGCGAUAGCGCUCGAGAGCGUGGCCUACAACGAGGAGCGAGCUGAGCAGAUCCUGGCAGCUGUCCUGCAGGAGGAGCUGGCGCCCAAGGUCGUCUCCAAGCCGGAGAUGAAGCCCGCCAAGCCACCACAGCCUGACACCACACGUGAGGAGCCGCCGCGCGCCGCCCCCCCCGCGCCCCCGCGCCGCGUCAAGACGUGGACUGAACACCUGAAACCCAUCCUGAAGACCAGUAGUUCAGUGGACCCGAAGUAUAAGUCUCAGUACAGCAUGACCACUAAAGGACCUAACCCCUCCCUUUGCAAAGGGCCUAAAGACAGCCUACUCCUUGAAGACUACAUGGCGUGGACCGGUCCAAAUCCAGGGCUGAAGCAAGGGUCAGCGGUGAAAGCGGAAGGCCCGGAGCCGCGGUCCCGGCCCAGCCCGCGGGCCCUCGGACCCACAGCCCUGGCCAAGGGCCCGGCCGGGCUCGCCAAGGGCUCCAUAUAUCAGAAGCUCACGAAAAAGUCCGCCAAAAUUGGCAGCGUACAUUAAAAACAGGUAUUUUGGAAGUUGAUGUGUUAGGGGCGAUUGUGCAAUGCGGUUUUGUAUUUUAUUAAUGCUAGGGACUAUGGUAAUUGUUGUAAGUAAUAAUGUACGCUGUGUGUGUAUAUUAAAGAAAAACCGACGGUUAGCUAUUUUGCCGAAGUGAAAGGAAAAAAUCAACUGGAGGAGCGCGCGCUUUCGCCGUUCAUUUAUAGAAUCGCUAUUGCCCAGCAUACUAUGAUAAAGAGGAUAAGGGUACGUUUCCACCAGAGAUGCGCUAUGCUACGUUGCUAUGGAUGCGUUUUAUAUCUACCAAUGAUGAACUAGCUGAGAUG